GCACUCCUCGAGGGGGGAGAUCAUCCUUCUUGCCAGGCAAGGCUCCCCCCGCAGCAGCAGCAGCAGCAGGAGGAGGAGGAUGCUGCCCCCACCCCAGAGACCCCAGCCCCAGCCCUCCUCCGGGUAGCCUCCCAGGCCCUUCCCUCCCGAGGCGGCGGCUGCUGCCGCUGCUGCCGCUGCCGGGGCUGUUCCUGGGCUGUGGCUGAGGCUGAGGCUGAGGCGCGGAUGUCGGUCUCCCGGGGCCCCGGCCAGGAGGAAGGGGAGGCAGCUGCCAGGAGGACCCAGCCCCAGCGCCCUUUGCAGGGAAGGCGCUGGAAAGUAUGUAUGACCAACUGCCCUACACUCAUUGUCAUGGUUGGCCUCCCAGCAAGAGGAAAGACUUACAUCUCAAAGAAGUUGACACGCUACUUAAACUGGAUUGGAGUGCCUACAAAAGAAUUUAACGUUGGUCAGUAUCGUCGGGAUUUGGUAAAAACGUACAAGUCUUUUGAGUUCUUCCUGCCAGACAAUGAAGAAGGCUUGAAAAUCCGAAAACAGUGUGCCUUAGCAGCACUGAAUGAUGUUCGUAGAUAUCUUGGUGAAGAAAAUGGGCAUGUGGCAGUUUUUGAUGCCACAAACACUACAAGGGAACGUAGGGAAACCAUCUAUAAGUUUGGUGAGGAAAAUGGCUAUAAGACUUUUUUUGUGGAGUCAGUGUGUGUUGAUCCAGAGGUCAUUGCUGCAAAUAUUGUGCAAGUAAAACUGGGCAGUCCUGAUUAUGUUGACUGUGGUAGUGAUGAAGCUACAGAAGACUUUAUGAAAAGAAUUGAAUGUUACAAGAAUUCAUAUGAGACACUAGAUGAAAAUCUGGAUAAGGAUCUUUCUUAUAUUAAAAUAAUGGAUGUUGGAAGGAGUUACCUUGUGAACCGAGUAAUGGACCAUAUCCAGAGUCGGAUUGUUUACUACCUCAUGAAUAUCCAUGUAACUCCUCGCUCCAUCUACCUCUGUCGACAUGGUGAAAGUGAACUAAAUCUAAAGGGAAGAAUAGGAGGGGACACAGGGUUGUCCCUAAGGGGGAAAAAGUUUGCUAAGAGCUUGGCACAAUUCAUUAAUGAACAAAACAUAAAAGAUUUGAAAGUAUGGACGAGCCAGAUGAAAAGGACCAUUCAGACAGCAGAGGCGUUGGGAGUACCUUAUGAGCAGUGGAAAGUUUUAAAUGAAAUUGAUGCGGGAGUAUGUGAAGAAAUGACAUAUGAAGAAAUUCAGGAAAAUUAUCCAUUAGAAUUUGCAUUGAGAGACCAGGACAAAUACAGAUACAGAUAUCCGAAGGGGGAGGUAUGUUAUGUUUUUUGUUUCAUAUGUUUUCUUAUAAACUAAGAGUAUAAAAUCCUCUGUUAGGAUAUGUUAUCUGAAUACAAUGGUAAACAAAAAUACAAAACAAAAAACAAAAAGUACUUGUGGAAUAAAGUGUAUAAAAUGUUUUUCCUCGCUAGCUACAUAUACUAUUGUGCCAAAACAUAUGAAAGUGUUUCUGCACAUUUUAUCCUGUAAAAUUAUUGAAAAUGGUGAUGAAAUUCUCAUUUGUAAAGUGUUAGUUCAUAGCAGUGGUGACCCCAUGUUCAUUAUCUUAACUUUUUUGGUU